AUCGUGUCCAUGACGUGACGUUUACAAGUUGAAAGCUAUCGGUCCCUUUUUCCUUCGACGAACUACGCUCCGACUACCAACGUAUCUCCUUUAUUUUAGUUUAACCUUUUGACCGCCGCCAAACAUAAAUAUCUACAAGGAUGGAAGAAGGAAGACACCGAAAGGUCCUCACCAGAGUGGACCCGCGGCAUGGGGAGAGGAAAGGGUCACCCGCAUGGAGAAAGAUCACAACUGAUCUGGAGAGUCUUGCAUUGGACACAGUGAAAUGGAGGUCUGCUGCUUCUGUCCAAUGCUGGCGAAAUAAAUCAGUGGAGAGCUUUGUCAUCACCACUUUGCAGCUGACAGAAAGAUUUAAAGGGUAUAUCGUCUCGUCGUGUACCGCCAGCCGUCUUCCACAGUCUUGUCCAAGUGGUUUGAUGAGAAGACCAACGAGCUGAUCAAUGACGAGCUGGGCAUCGCGUACCCCAUCAUCGACGGCAUCCCCAACAUGAUCCCCCAGGAAGCCAGACUCUUAGAGAAGACAUCUCCUGCACAAGGACACAAUCUCCCCUCUUAAAUACAACCCAAUUCAUCUUGAUGGGCGCUGCUGGUGUGCAUUGAUCCAUCAGAAGAGUGUUUAAGAAGUUAGAAAUAUUAAGUGAGCAAGUAUGUUCUCCCUGUCUGUGAUGGUUGGACUGGUGCCCAUCGUGUCUCUAUUUGGUUUGUUCUACUCUGCUGCAGUGGAUGAGAACUUCCCUCUAGGCUGCACCAGCAGUAAUAAUGUGUGUUUCUACAGCCUGCUGCUUCCUGUCACCAUCCCUGUCUAUGUCUUCUUCCACCUGUGGAGCUGGAUGGGAAUCAAGCUCUUCAGGCAUAACUGAAAUUGGGGAAAAAAAGAAUAAAAAUAUGUUUACUGUG